UUACGGAUUCCUUACACUGCGAAAUGUACGACAUUUGCGGCAGAGAGAAAAAGUAAUGCAUUGGAUAAUAAUGUUAUCGGGUUAAUUGUAUCUAAAGGUAGCAUGGUCAUUUAAGUAAACAUAUCCGUAGACGAUGUUUAAAACUUAUGAUUAAUGAUUUGAGUCAAAGGGGAAUUAUCAUUAGGUUUUAGUUAUAGUUCACUUAUUGAGUUUCUGAUUUGAGGUAGCAUUAGUGAAUGAUAGUUAGGGAUGUGGUGUCACUUUUAGAGGCCUCCUGGGAUUAUAAUUUUGGGGGAGAGAGCAGCUUUAAACGACCAAAUUGAAAAAGGUCUGCAAAUUAUAUAUAUAUAAAACAACUGUUACAAUGAUUUGUUUUAGUGCAAGGAGAUUUUAAAGAGGCACGCUCACAUAUGGAACCUUAUGAGAUGUUUUUUUUAUGGGUUUGAAUUAUACAGGUGACUAUUUCUAUUGUAAGGAUAAAAGGGAUCUUUAUGUCUAAUAUGGUAUGACCUUUUGACCUUGUCAUGACUGGCUUCUGGGGUCUGAUCAGCCCCAGGGGAGAGUCAUUUGUAUAAUGAAUGGAGUCAUAUUGAGUUACUAGUGUUAAGGUAAAUUCAUUAGAAAUGAAGCAGUUUUGGUUGAGGGUUUAGAAUUACUGUUUGAACCGCAAAUGAGAAAGUGGUUCAGGAUUCUGUCUUAUAACAUUAGCUGUGAGUUUUUUUUGAAUGGGCUAUUAGGAAGUCUGUAUUGUAACAGAGAGAAAGUCAUGUUCAUCAUUGAGAAUAAAUAGGGGAAGAUAACAUAUUUUGAGCCAACAGGGCAGGGAAGAAAUUGAGGUAUUUUUAUUUGAUUUUAACACCCGUGUACAGGAGUGUCAAAAGACGGGGGACAUUACCUGUGUAAUGGGGGAGGGUGUCCGUAUGGGGAUUACAUGAUAACCAACUUGGGACAGUUCUGGGACUGGAGAAGAGCACCCUGUCGUGCUGGAUAUCCUUAUGGCAUAGGGAAUCCCACAAAGGUGGAUAGGUUUUCCAUGAUAUGGGGGAAACCUGGGAGUACUGUUGAACUUUGUAAAGGUGAUGAAAUCCUACUAACCAUCAAAACUAUUAAGCUCUCUGAUGCAGGCACUUACACCCCCGGACUACAAAGGACCAGGACAGACACGGUGGGUGUGUUUUCUAUUAAGGUACUGCCAAAACCGGAGGUCUCAGACGGACCGGGGCCAGACACAUUCCUCUAUCACCCCUGGACCGAACCUGUCACCACUAUGCUAAAAAUCCCAUUCAGGUAAUUAAUGUUAGACUAUUCAGCUAUUGAUCAAUUAGGCACGGAGACUGGUUUUGAUGGUAGGGACAAUUUGUGGCUGUCUUAUACAGAAUGGACUUGCUUAGAAUAUGCUUCUUGCUAGUCAGGGGGGAGUCUACAAAAUGUUCAGUGAACAAUGUUGUACGUAUAUCCCUAAUAACACCAGUCCAGAUGGUAGUAUAUCUAAGGGCCUUAAAUGGGCUGGAUGCACUAUCUGCUGAGAUGAGGACCAUGGCGGGGGUAGAGGAGUCUGACUGUCCACCCUGGUUGGGAGACUGGUUUGAUAAGUAUACUGGUAUGGUGGUUACUGGAUUUCUGACCCUAAUUCUUGUAUUAUUUGUUAUUAAUGUGAUGUGCUGCUUGCAUCAUACCGUGUUUUAAGAAGUCUGUUACAGAUGUGGUGAAGGCUUCAGGCAUGAUGCCUUUGCUUGAUGCUCCAGUUGGAGAGGCUGAGGUGAAGCAUGCUUUGAGGGGAGGAUAAGAUUGACUGAGGAUGACCCAUGUAUGUUUGUUCUCCCUGUCGUGAAGGGUGGCAUGCUGCCCACCUGGUGCUGGAUAAGAAUAGCUGAGAGGACCAGAUGGGUUAUAAGAAUGCUUUGUUCUGCUUUACUCUGUUUUACAGGACCAAAGUUUUAUUCCACACUUUGCAACACAUUAAAUCCAUGUUAUUGUCAGAUAGAAUACUGAGGGUCCCCAAGGAGAGGGCUUGUUAGUGUAGGAAGGAUUUUUAAUAUGGUUAGCAUUUAUUAGAUUAUAAGUUUUUAAAUAGUAUUAUAUUUAACAGGAAUAUAGGACAUCUAUGAGGAGUUAGGAUUAUUGUUAGGAUUAAGAUAGAUUGAUUAAGGAAUUUGGAGAAAAGCCGCUCAUAGACAUGUUUUUUUUUCUAAAAGAGGGUCCAUGGGUUUGUAGUUCCCAUGUAGUUCAAAUUUGGAAAACAUGAGAAACAUACAGAGGAGCCCUCCCCCGCACUGCAGAGACCUUGAAGGUUGGAGAGCAGAGAAGUUAGAGGGGGGGCCAGGAAGAGCAAAGAUAACAUCCUAAAUGGAAUUUCAGACAUAAGGAUAAUUCACUAAAUCUUAUCUAAGUCAUUGUAUAAGAAUAAGGCAAGGGGGAUGGGUAAAUAGUGUUCUAGAAUAGGAUGUGACCUACGGGAUAAUUAACUAAUAAAAAAUAAAAAUAAAUUGUUAAUUGGUUUGACGAAUAAGAAACUGUUUUAUUAACCAAACCUGUAUGGUCAAAAGUUUUAUGCCCAGCAGGAGAACUACAGAGGGAGGUGGCACACGAGAUUCAACCAGGAGACUGGAUCUGGAUCCAAUCACUAAAAAGAAAAAAAAACUGGAAGCAGCCUCGGUGGGAGGGACCAUUCCAAGUACUACUGGUGACUGCCUUCGCUGUGAGAUUAGCCGAAAGAGCUACCUGGGUACAUAUCACACAUUGUAGGGGGGUAAGUCACACUAGCACUGUCGGACGAUCACAGGAGUAGGAGAGGAACUGUGACCCAUAUGGAACGGGGGUCAAACUCCUUCUGAAGAUUCCCUAUACCCGACCUUUCCCCAGCUGUGAGCGUUCAUAGAAGUGAAGUGAUGGCUUGGCCUCUGGCUGUUGAUAUGUUCUCGGGGAGAGGGUGGGGCUUCACGUGCGCACUGACCGUCCUGAGCUGUUUUAUUGUGGGGGCCAUAUUCCUGAUUCACCAUGAUCCCCCAGAAAGUGCCAAAGAGGAUCAUUUGACUCAUGUGCUAGAUGAGGGAAAUGGGAUGUUACCUAAGAUUCUCAGAAGGUCACUGAAACAAAAUAGUAAGGAAGUGAGGGUGGAAUUGGGCAAGGAUCUCUCAGUAGAAUUUUGUGUAGAUCAAUUGGGGUCAUUCACCCCUUGGCAGUCUAGAACCAUGGGACUCUAUGGGAAGUAUUUGUGUAAAUCACCAUAUUGAUCGUGGACAGGUCAUAGAUCACACUGAAAGGGAUGGCUACGUAAACCCAUACACUCAAUUUGGGACCAGGUGGAGUAUAGUAAGGGUUGGCGUUUUGGACUGUGUUCCUGAACAGAGGAAGUAUUGUAUAAAGGUACGAAUAGUUCAGACCAAAGACCUCAAAGAAGUUAUAGAAGUGGAGACUGGGUUUGGGGAGUCCAACUUAUGGUUGGAAUGGAUUCAAUACGGCCAGAUCAGUGGCUAAAGAAGAAUGUUAUGUCUGUGCGAACGCUAAACCCCAGUUAACAACUAUCCCUUUUCCACUGAACGGAAUUAAUUCCCCUAAGGCAGUGGUCACCAAACUACGGCCCGCGGGCCGGAUACGGCCCGUCAGCACAUUUGGCCCGGCCCUCUGAACAAUACCAGAGACGCUAUCGAAUUUUUUUCCUAUUUGGCCUCCAGAAAAAAAAUCCUAGGCCCGGCCCUGUCAAAGAGAGAACGGAAUAAUGGCGAAAAGGUUAGGUAAGAGAAAAAUUGAUUCAGAAUGCAGGGUAUUUAACCUGCAGUGGACAAACAAUUUUUUUUUGUUCAAUGCAAAGAAAAGGCUGUUUGUCUCAUCUGUCAAGAGACGGUGGCGGUAUUCAAAGAAUACAAUCUUCGCCGACACUAUGAAUCCCGUCACAAAGACAAGUACGAUAGCUUGCAAGGCCAAAUACGAGCAGACAAACUCUCAAAGCUAAAAAGUGGACUACUAUCUCAGCAGAAUACAUUUGUACGCCAAGCUCAGCUGAACCAGGCAUCCGUUCGGGCCAGCUUUCGGGUUGCUAAACUGAUAGCAAGAAGUGGUAAGCCUUUCACUGACGGAGAGUUUGUUAAGAAAUGUAUGGAUGCUGUCGCGGAGGAGGUGUGUCCCGAGAAGAAAGAUGCAUUUAAUGCCGUAAGUCUGUCGGCGAGUACAAUCACCAGACGCGUUGAAGAAAUCGUGAGUAAUGUAUAUGCCCAGCUGCAGCAGAAGACGAAAGAAUUUGACUUUUUUUCAUUAGCACUGGAUGAGAGCACGGACGUGCAAGACACAGCGCAACUGCUCAUUUUUAUUCGUGGAGUUAGCGCAAACUUUGAGAUAUGCGAGGAGCUGGCAGCCCUCCAAAGUCUCAAAGGGACUACGACGGGAGAGGAUAUUUUUGACAAAGUGUGCCAAACCAUGGAGAAGUUGGACUUGGACUGGUCAAAGCUAGCUAGCAUCACGACUGACGGGGCUCCUAGCAUGGUGGGUGAAACUCGCGGUCUAAUAGGACGCAUGAACCGGGAGUUGGAAAAAAGGGGUCUCACCGCCCCGCUACGAGUCCACUGCCUAAUUCACCAGCAAGCACUGUGCUGCAAAGUGUUGAAGUGGGAUUCUGUAAUGAAGGUUGUGGUGUCGUGCAUAAACUUCAUCAGAGCAAAGGGACUUAAACACAGGCAGUUCCAAGAAUUCCUGUCUGAACUGGAGUCUACGCACGGAGAUGUGCUGUACUACACAGAGGUCCGAUGGCUGAGCCGGGGCAGAGUUUUGAGGCGUUUUUACGAGCUGCUACCCGAAAUUAACGCAUUUCUUCAUUUAAAAGACAAAACGGUCCCAGAGCUGAUCGACCCAGAAUGGAAAUGGCACCUCGCAUUUUUAACAGACGUGACAGAAAUACUUAACAGCCUUAACUUGCAGCUACAAGGCGAGGGGAAACUCAUUUGCGACAUGUAUUCACACAUAAAAGCAUUUGAGGUGAAAUUAGCGCUGCUUUUGGAACAAGUGAAAAGCGCAACUUCGUCCAUCUUCCUGCUACCCAAAACCUGUCGACAGAGAACCCAGCGGUCCCGUUCCCAGCUGAAAAGUGCGUGGAAGCACUGGAAAUGCUGAAGGCGGAGUUCGGUGUGCGAUUCAGUGAACUACAUGUUCAUGCAAAAGAAAUCCGUCUUUUUCAGAACCCCUUUGUUGCCGACAUUGAUGAAGCCCAGCCUUCAUAUCAGUUUGAGUUGGCUGAGUUACAGAACUGUGAUGUUCUGAAAGACGCAUUCAAGCCCAACAGUCUCAUUGACUUCUAUGCCGCCCUCCCAAACGACACAUAUCCAAACAUCAAAAAACACGCAAUGAAAAUGUCCACAGUUUUUGGCAGCACGUAUAUCUGCGAGAAAACCUUUUCUCGCAUGAAACUGCUGAAAACCCAGAUGAGAUCAAGAUUGACAGAUGAACAUUUGCAUCAGUGCUUGAGACUGGCUGUAACUAGAAUGGAACCUGAUAUUCAACUUCUCACCAGCCAGAUGCAGGCCCACAGUUCACACUGAUGAACAUACAUAGGUAAGCUCACUUUUCUGACUUGAAUGAGUCAUUCUGAGCAUAAACAAAUAUAAUCAUAAUAAAAUCUACUGGGAUAAAAUCCAUCUUUACAACCAUACUGGUAGUGUUAUGUAUUGUGCUGUAUCACUUAGUUCAGUUUCUCAACCUGCUUCUUUUGUGGUUUUCACAGGGAAGUUGAUGAGAGAGAGCUGCAAACAGCGGUGUCUACAAGCCUACUGGAACCUACAAAAGGAUUAUAAGGAAGGAACACAAGAACUUUAAGAGACUGCUCAUAUGUGUCAGAGAGAUUCUGCUCUGACAACUGAGCUGAACUUUUAUCUGUUAAGAUUGUGCAUGGCACGACAGAAAGUUAAUGUUCCAUGGCUUUUUUUUCUAUGAAGAACCCAGAGAGAGUUAUUUAGUUAUUAUUUAUUUCCUGUUUUUUCUGUGAAGAACUCAGAGAGGGUUAUUUAGUUAUUAUUUAUUUCAUUAAUAGUGUUAUUAUUUGUUUCCUGACUUUUUUUCUGUAAAGAACCUGGAAAGGGUUAUUUGGUUAUGUGUGGCUUUCUGGAAAACAAUACAUUUUUUAAGCUCCCCUACGAUCGUCACACUUUUUCUGUUACAAACUGACACCGGCCCCCCAUCAGAGAAGGGAAAAGUUAUGUGGCCCUCACAGGAAAAAGUUUGGGGACCCCUGCCCUAAGGGAAUGGCAUGUAUGGUAAAGCUGUUCAUGAAAGCAGGAAUGCCAGAUAAUGACAGUUGUCACUAUUUAUAUCCCCAGGAACCAAGUUGGUACAGAGAAAAUGACCACUGACGAGACCAUGUCUGAAUUGACAGGCUGGUUGAACUCUGGGGAUUUCAAUGAAAUAAAAUGGGCCAGUGUCGCCAUCUGGUGGUUGUGCGGGGGAAUGAGUUUGACUGAUUGGACGGGUUAGGAAUGCCUUUAACACUCAUACAACACCAAGACAUGAAGUUAGCCAAAACGAGAGAGAAGAGAUGCUCCAUCUGGGUCUUUUGACGACAGAGUAUAUAUUGAUAACAUUGGGGUUCCACGAGGUGUGUAAUUAUAGUUAUGGUAAUCAACAGCGCUUUAGCAGGAAUACCAAAGGUGUUAUUAAAGGUUUUGUAGAACAGACUGAAGCAACCAGCUGGAAGACCUGACAGAAUAGAAUUGCAUAGGAUAAAAGGAGGAAGUGGGCGUGGUAAUCAGGACCAUGUCUUACAUCCCGGGUAGCACGGCUCCGGACGAAUCAGUGCCCGAAGCCUCAGCUGGUUUGACCACCCUGGCUCACGGGUUGGCAGAAACUCUGGGGUGGAUACUUCUCUGAACUAAAUUGGGUAGACAGUAUUUAUGGAAAAAUGUGGUGUUUUGGGCUGUAUCUACCUGUAUGACUGUUUUAAUUUUAUGCGGCUGUUGUCUAAUUCCCUGUGUGCGAGGCCUUGUUUCCAGGACUCUGGAAAGAUCAAUGACCCUACAGAUGGUGCGUUAUGGGCCGAUUCCAGAUUCUGACCUGUGGAGGACUGAAGGCAUGUCUACAGAGGAAGUGGACGAAUCCGGAUCUGUCAUUUGUGGGGAAUUUAUGUUUGAUGAGGCUAGUGUUGAGAUAAAGGGGAAUUAGAUUGUAAUUGGUUUCCAUGAUUAAACUGUUUUUUAAUGAAGGUCGUGACGAAAAUCCGGAAGGAAGAGUUAUGAUUCUGAUGUAGGUUUAAAAACAGUUGGAGUUAAGGUUAGAAUUGAUUAAUGAAAUGUGAAGAGUUGGAUAAACAUUUAUAAUUGAUUUGUUGAUUAUUUGUCUAUUCAUAUGAUAAUCUGAUAAACCUCUAUAAAAAGGUUAGUUAAGUUCGUUUAUACUUUCAUUUUUUAUGAUUAAAUAAAACUAGAUGUAGAAUUGAAUGUAUAAUAUUUGAUCAAAGGGAGGAUUGUUAGAGGAAAAUAUAGUUUAGAUGAUCAAUUAUGUAUACAUUAAUGAUUAGAACCAUUUAUGCUAAUACUAUUAUGUUAUGAUUUGAAAAGUAUGGGUUCUUAAUUGUACUGUUACUGAAAAUGUAAGCAGAAAUGAAUUGUGUCUGUGUCUCCUGGGAAAGUUUAAGAAGGAGGGAUAAGAUAGUUUUUCAAACAGAUAAGAAUGUUUUGGUUGGAUUCCAUUAGGGGAGAGAAGUUAUCCUUUAGACAGGUUGGAAUGUAGUUUAUGAGGGGAGUGAAACUAUCUCCAGGACCGAAUACUACGCCAUUGUAAGGCUGGGAGAGGGUGUGAAACUGGUGACGUCAUUUUAUGUCUUCUUUCUUUAAAAUCUAAUGUUCUUUGUAUUUUGGGUCAGUACUCACUUGAAUUAAACGCUAUUUACCUGGC